AGGGCAAAGACGAGGGUUCGUCGUCUGGCACCGAUAGCUCUUCUCUAUAAAUAAAGGUUUGUGGGGGAAUUUCAGCUCAGUUGAAGCUGGAUCGUGCAGCCAAGUGGAAGAAGGCAACCAAAAACACGCACACACAUUUUACGAUACCAAAUCCACCAAUCUCACCACUCACAACGAGUAUGAAGCAGUUCGUGCUGAUAGCGGUGGCCCUCGUCGGCCUGACCGCCGCCCAGUUCCCGAACGGACGCACCCUCGACGCACCGAAUCCGGCCCUGUGCGCCAGCAGAAUCAUCCACGAGCGAGCACCGGACGGCAAAGGCUACUUCUUCUCGUGGCGCGAUCCAACGCUCCGGGGCGUGGAGAAGGAUUGGCUCGAUGCGCGCAACUACUGCCGCCAGCGCUGCAUGGACAGCGUGUCCGUCGAGACGAGCCCGGAAAAUGAGUGGAUCAAGCAGAGAAUCGUCGAGGGCCGGCAAAAGUACAUCUGGACCAGCGGACGGCUGUGCGACUUCAAGGGCUGCGACCGUCCCGAUCUGCAGCCGACGAACAUUAACGGUUGGUUCUGGACGGCCGAGCUGCAGAAGCUCGCCCCGACGACCGUGCGCAACCAGAACGACUGGUCCGAGGGUGGCGGCAUCGGUAAGCCGCAGCCGGACAACCGCGAGCUGAUCCAGGGCGGUGCCUCCGAGAACUGUUUGGCCAUCCUGAACAACUUCUACGACGACGGUGUCCACUGGCACGACGUCGCCUGCCAUCACGUGAAGCCGUGGGUGUGCGAGGAGAACGACGCCCUGCUGAAGUACGUCAAGUACAGCAACCCGAACCUGCGCAUCUAAAGAGAGAGAUAUGUAGAGAGAGAUAGAGAGAGUAACCCCAAGGGGGAUGCAUAUAACCAACCAACUGACUGCUGCUGGUGAUGCAACCCUUUUCUUAUUUCCACUUGCGUUGGCGCAUGGUUACACUGACAUGAUACAUAUUUAUUUGAAUUACCGUUUCGCGACGAUCGACGACGACCAACGUCGAUCGGCGACUGAGUGGUGACCGACACCUGCGAGGAUGUAAGAUGAUUUGGGGGGAAGAUUUUUAUACAAUCAAAUCGAUGUGACAAAACGUGAAGGAAGCAAAGGAAAGAUAUAAGUAAUAAAUUUUAAUUAAGUACUACAAUUCAA